CAUGGCGCCCGUCUGGCGGACAAAAGGCGAGUCUGUCUGACGGCGGCUUGAAGCCCAAAUAGAAACCAGACGAGACAUUAUUUUUUGCAGGAAAAGCGUAACAUUAUACGGGGGUUCCCACAUAAAAGCCCUCAUGUUACAACGAACACCCUCUCGCCUGGAAUAAAGAAGAAUGUUCCGGCAGUGCGAAGAGCCUCGAUUCACCAUCGAGCAGAUCGACCUCCUCCAGCGGCUCAGGAGGACGGGGAUCAAGCAGGCCGAGGUCGUCCACGCCCUGGACACCCUGGACCACCUGGACCCCCCCAACGGAAAGGCCUCAAAAUGCAAACCGCCGCCAUACGCUCCGCCUUCCUGUUCCGCCGUGGCGACCGCCGCCGCCUCCUCCUCCUCCGUGACGUCCUGCGCCACUCAGACAGACUUCCCCGAUGACGGACUGUCGCCGAGCGGCAACGCCUUCCCCGCCGGCGCCUUGCUCCUCCCGCUCCCCGCAGCCUCGACCGUUGCCCUGGCAACGGUCGCUCAGACCAACGGGAAGCUGUCGCCGGGGUACAGCUUCGAGACGGGCGAGGAAGACGCAGACGUUGACGAAAAGGUGGAGGACCUGAUGAGGAGGGACAGCGCCGUGAUCAAGGACGAGGUCAAGUCCUUCCUGGCCAACAGGCGCAUCUCCCAAGCCGUGGUGGCCCAGGUGACGGGAAUUAGUCAGAGUCGCAUCUCCCACUGGUUGCUCCAGCAAGGAUCCGACCUGAGCGAGCAGAAGAAACGAGCCUUCUUCCGCUGGUACCAACUGGAGAAGAGUAACCCUGGAGCUACGCUGGCCAUGCGAGCUGCCCCGCUGGCCCUGGAGGACAUGAUGGAAUGGCACCAAGCCCCGCCCACAUUCACCCCCGGGGCCUUCCGCCUGCGACGGGGGAACAGAUUCACCUGGAAGAAGGAGUGUCUGGCCGUUAUGGAAAGCUACUUCAGUGAUAAUCAAUAUCCUGAUGAAGCCAGAAGGGAGGAGAUCUCCGCCGCCUGCAACGCCGUCAUCCAAAAACCAGGAAAGAAGCUGCAAGACUUUGAGAAGGUGACGUCGCUGAAGGUCUACAACUGGUUCGCCAACCACCGCAAAGACCUGAAGAGGCGAGCCAACAUCGAAGCAGCCAUCUUGGAGAGCCACGGCAUCGACGUCCAAAGCCCAGGAGGUCAGUCCAAUAGCGACGAGGUGGACGCCAACGACUUCCCCGAACAGAGCUGCGACGUGACUUUGUUUGACAAGCGAGUCGCCGCCCGGCCAUUCGCCUUCACCCGAGCCGACCUGUCACUGCCCACCCAGGUUCCCACGCUGCUCCCCAGCUGGUUGGCCACCCUGGCCGCCCGAGGAGGCGUGUCCGGGCAGAGGGGCGGCGGCCCCGUGAUUGGCCGCUCCCUCGUUUCCGCGGCGGGCGUCUCUUGGUCUCCACUGUCGCCGUCCCUCCAGGACGAGGCCGCCGUCCCCGGCGUGCUGACCGAGCCCCCGGAGAUGGCGGCCGGCGAUCAGGUAGAGGGGGCGGGGCCGGGGCCGGGGCCUGGGCCGGGUGUGGUUCAUGGCGUCAAGACUGAGGUGAUUGACGACUGAUGGGAGGAAAUGACGUCAUGACCCCACUUGACCUAUCAUGACCCGUCUUGACCUGACCUGACCUGACCUGACCCUACCUCCAACCACCAACCUUUGUUCCUCUACCAAGACGUCCUCCAUUUUAAGAGUGAAAGAAAGUUCUAAUGUUCCUCUGAUGACUGAAGAACCUUCCAGAAGGUUCCGCGUCUUCACUGUGAUCACAACUUUGCAGCCUCAAAUUUAAGCUUUUUUAAAAAUGUGUAUAUAUACAUAUAUAAAA